UUUCCAUGCCAGAAGCGCUUAAAUAUUUUACAGGGUAGCUGUUAAUGAAGAGGCCUUCAAAUCUUGUUGUGGACAAUAGGGGCGACCUCUUGACAUCUAGGCUUCUGAUUUAAAUGGACGGUGUCUUUUUGAUGCCUACUCAUCCCAUGUUACUCAGACUGUUUCUGGGUUAUCUGUGUUGUUCUAUUUUUGGUUUAGGGUACAAGCGAGCCUAAACCGCUCUCUUGACGGAUCAAUUAACCCCAGCCAAACGAAUACAAGAUAGUCAUCAUCAAUGGAAACGCACGCACACCUCCUCAACCCCAUUGUUCCAACGUAAAAAUCCACUUAGGCACCCGGCGGUAAUCAAUUUAGCUGCAGAUGCGCGGGAAUAAAAGAUGAAUGCGAUCUGUAAUCCGCAACACCUGCUCCGCCGUCGGAUCGGUAACGGCACUCGGCGCGAGCUCAAACGGCACUCCAAACAAAGGCUUGAGCAGGAAUUAAAGCGCUUAAUUAAAAGGCCACUGAUGCGCGCCUCUCAUCAGUAUGCUAUUUAUAACCGCGCUUCAGCUCGGCGGGGAAGACUCCCGGGUUAUUUCUGUUUUAUUCAUUUCACAUCUAGUGUCACACGCACGCACGUCAAAAGUAAAGCAUAUCGUUUGCUCAUUUAAUAAACAAGAUCAUCGCGCGCGGAGACUGUCCUAUAUGCUUGCCGUUUUUUUCCAUUGAAGAUGCGCCCCCGUCAGAGCUGUCUUAUCUUUUUUUGAGGAUUGCGAGACGUGCCUGGUUUCUCAAUCUCGGGCUGAUAUUGCGCAGGCGUGAUCCGGACGCGGUGCUGAGAUGCAGCUGUGGGAUUCGAAGAGGGGAGUCCCGACUCUGCGUUGUCGAUGUUAACCUCUGUCUGGGGCCGAACAAACGCCGCCGCUACGGGUGGUCUGUUCCCCGGAGACCGCCUUGAAGAGGGAGGAGAGAGAGAGAGAGAGAGAGAGAGAGGGAAAAGUGCCGUCUGCGCUUUUGCCAUCGCCGCGCAGCACACGACAGUCACCAACCUGUGGAUGGUGGCGCGCGCUGCGGAUUAGACACAGGACAGUCUCGCGCUGCAGUCAGUCUCCACGAGCCCAUCUCGAGUACCGUAAACUGUUUGUUGACAAGAAAAGUGCUGGACAUGCGGUGGUUGUGAAGAGUACGCGCACGGCUCUGGCUGUAUGAAUGGCCCCGCUAUGGAGGAAGUUCCGUUUCCCAGAGUCCGCACACGGCGGAGGAAAACUCGCUUCCUGGCCGUCACGUGCGAGGACGAGUUUGACUGCAAGGAGCUCGAAACUCUCUUCCAGAAGUACAACCUGAAGCUCGAGCAGACCGCCACGCUCAAAGCGCUGGCCAUCCUCAUCCUCGCCGCGUCGGCGCUGGCGCUGGUUGAGCUCCUGUCAGCCGGUUCUCGCUUCACCGUGUCCAAGGGCUCGCACCCGGUUCACUGCGUCAUUUUCACCUCACUCUUCAUCGUUACCAACGUCAAAUAUCUACAGGUCACGCAGCUGCAGCAAAUCGCGAGGCUCGCGCUGCUUUUCAGCUUCACCUUCGCGCUUCUCUGUUGCCCGUUUCCACUCGCGCUGGGUCACAGCGCGCCUCAAGGGACGCAGGGCGCGCAGGGGCCCGAUGCGCCGAGCACAACACCUGAGCAGGGUGUUUGGCAGCUGAUGCUUGUUACGUUCGUUGCAUACUCUCUGCUACCGGUAAGGACGCUCUUGGCUGUUUUGUUUGCCAUCCUGGUGGCCGCGUCCCAUUUCAUCGUGACGGCAACGUCGGUAACGGCCCGGAAACCUCACGUGUGGACACCGCUGGUAGCGAAUGCGGUGUUGCUGUUCGGUGUAAAUCUGUCGGGCGUGUUUGUGCGAGUCCUUACUGAGCGUGCCCAGAGGAAGGCAUUUCUACAGGCCCGGAACUGCAUCCAACAGCGCCUGCAACUAGAGGACGAAAACGAAAAACAGGAACGCCUCUUAAUGAGCCUGCUGCCCAGGAAUGUUGCCAUGGAGAUGAAGGAGGACUUCCUAAAGCCACCAGAAAGAAUCUUCCACAAGAUAUACAUCCAACGGCACGACAACGUCAGCAUCUUGUUUGCAGACAUUGUUGGAUUUACCAGUCUGGCCUCACAAUGCACAGCUCAGGAGCUGGUCAAACUGCUGAACGAGCUCUUCGGAAAAUUUGAUGAGCUUGCUACAGAAAACCACUGCAGGAGGAUUAAGAUCUUGGGAGACUGUUAUUACUGUGUGUCAGGCCUGACCCAGCCUAAAGCAGACCACGCUCACUGCUGUGUGGAGAUGGGCCUGGACAUGAUCGACACCAUCACGUCUGUUGCAGAGGCAACCGAAGUGAACCUUAACAUGCGUGUUGGUCUGCACACGGGACGCGUGCUGUGUGGCGUUCUGGGCCUGCGCAAGUGGCAAUAUGACGUUUGGUCAAAUGACGUGACACUGGCCAACAUGAUGGAGGCGGGAGGUCUGCCUGGGAAGGUUCAUAUCACCAGGGCAACACUGGAAUGUCUGAAUGGAGAUUACGAGGUGGAGCCGGGCUUAGGUCACGAGAGACACGCUUUCCUCAGCAAACAUGCCAUUGAGACUUACUUCAUCGUGCCCUCACACAGACGCAAGAUUUUUCCAGGGUUAAUCCUAUCAGACAUAAAGCCGGCGAAGAGGAUGAAGUUUAAGACUGUCUGUUACCUGCUGGUGCAGCUCAUGCACUGCAGAAAGAUGUUCAAGGCCGAGAUCCCUUUCUCCAACGUCAUGACCUGUGAGGACGACGAUAAGAGACGAGCGCUGCGGACAGCUUCCGAGAAGCUUCGCAAUCGCACCUCAUUUUCGGCAGGCAUGGUGCAGAACUCACCCGGAACCAGAGUGAACCGUUACAUUGGCCGUCUUAUAGAAGCCCGUCAGACAGAGUCUGAGACAGCAGACCUGAACUUCAUAACCCUCACAUACAGGAACAGAGAGAGAGAGCAGAGAUAUCAGCAAGUGUAUGAUGACGCCUUCUUCAGCGCUGUGGUUAUCUCCCUCAUCCUCACUUCAUUUUUCACAGUCGUCUAUUUUCUCAUCAUUCCACAAGGUCUUCUGGUUAUAAUUCUGCUGGUUUUGUGCCUGUGCUUUCACAUGGCAAGUGUGAUGUACCUUCACAUCACUCAUGUGCAGUGCUCUCCUGACUGUCUGACCCUGCAGAUCAGAACGGUUCUGUGUGGGUUUCUGGUGCUGCUCAUGUACUCCGUGACCCAGGGAUGUGUGGUGGGGUGCGUGCCGUGGUCAUUAGAGGGGAAUUCCAAUGUCUCCAUGGUGACAGUCUUCAAAGUCAACGGGACCACCGUGGGAACCGGCGUGUGUAAAUACACUCCGUACGUAUUUUUAUCAUGUGUGAUGGCGUCGCUGUCUGUGGCCCUGUACCUGCGUGUGUCAUCGCUACCUAAGAUCCUCCUGCUUCUCCUUCUCAACAUCCUCCACACUGUCGUCAUGGAGACCAGUGGCUAUCGAGAGGCCAUGGGCGGUGGAUUCUUCCACACACAUGGCUACGACCCGGUUCUGGCAAUGCUGUUGUUUUCUGGAGCUCUGGUGCUCCACUGCAGACAACUGGAUCUAAAACUUAGACUGGACUACCUCUGGGCCACUCAAGCUGAGGAGGAUAGAAAUGAUAUGGAGAAAGUGAAGUUGGACAAUAAGAGGAUUCUGUUUAACCUGCUGCCUGCACAUGUAGCUCAACACUUCCUGCUGUCUAACCCAAGAAACAUGGACCUGUAUUAUCAGUCUUAUUCUCAGGUGGGCGUCCUGUUCGCCUCCAUUCCAAACUUUAAUGACUUCUACAUUGAACUGGAUGGAAACAACAUGGGUGUGGAAUGCCUCCGGCUGCUCAACGAGAUCAUCGCCGACUUUGAUGCGCUGAUGGAUAAGGAAUUUUACAGAGAUAUAGAGAAGAUCAAAACUAUCGGCAGCACGUACAUGGCUGCAGUCGGACUCGUGCCAACUACAGGAUCCAAGGUAAAGAAGUCCAUUUCCGCACACAUGUGCACAGUUGCUGAUUUCACCAUUGAAAUGUUUGACGUCCUGGACGCGAUCAACUAUCAGUCCUACAAUGACUUUGUGCUUCGAGUCGGUAUUAAUGUGGGUCCUGUGGUUGCCGGGGUUAUUGGAGCUCGCAGACCUCAGUACGACAUCUGGGGAAACACAGUAAAUGUUGCAAGCAGAAUGGACAGCACUGGAGUUCAGGGCAAGAUACAGGUGACAGAGGAUGUCUUCCGUCUACUCUGUGGCCAUUAUCUCUUCCAAUGUCGCGGCCAGGUCAGCGUCAAGGGCAAAGGUCAGAUGCUCACCUACUUUCUGGAGGGCCGAGCCCCACAAAGCACACACCACACGUCCAAGAGCCUGGAUUGCGGCUCAAGCCCAUGCAUCCGGACGAAUCUGGGGUCGGCGCCCACCGUCAGCACUUACGGGGUUAAAAGUAACACCCUGGGGCAAGUUAGCACAACUUCGAACAACAGCAUUCUUUAUCUGCCCUCCGUGUCCGUCGACGUGGAGAUGGAGGUGUGAUCGCCAUGGAGAUGUUCUUCUGUGACCGAUCCUUUAGUAAAUCAGGUGCACGGAGAGAGAAUGAAUGGAGCUUCAAAAAAGGAUUAAAAAAGAGGAGAAGAGAUGGUGAGGUCUCUGUCUUUGCACUGGUGGAGUGAGGAGAGAAAACUCAAAUGUGCCAUAUAGAGACCCCCCAACGCAAGUAUAUAAUAAGCAUGUGUGUAUUUCUGUGUGCGCAUGUAUGCGUGUGCGUUUCAAUGAGUCUUCCCCAGACCAAUAGGAUAUCAGGGUCUCCUACACCGGAGCAUGCGAUCUACUGCAAGGCAGCUUCACACCAGCCGAGGAGACACACCUAACGUGUGUGUGUUAUCUGAAAAUGUCAAGAGAUGCCACGGCAAUGAAUACUUUGGGCAGUGAGGACCAAACAUAUAGAUUUUAAACAGCGCUGUAUUUUGUACGUGAGUUUGCGUGUUGCGAGAUCAAGAAAUGUUGAGUAGAAGGUUGUGUUGGGUUUUUGAAAAAACGAAACAAAAAAAGGGUUACUCAUAUUGAGAUUUGUUUUGAAUAAAUUGUUUACAAUGACGCGGUUUUCGAAACCGAUACAAAUGGAAUUUCCAGCGUUUCAAUUUUUUAGCUGUUCAUCCAUGAGCGAUAGAGAGAGACUGCCAAAACUACUAAACAUUUACACUGACGCUGAAUCAGAGACCAAAAUGAUUUAUUAUUACAGAAAAACACUAUCCUGUUUUGUAAUCAUUUACAGAAAGUCAGUAGAGUCUGUGAUGUGGGUAAAUGUUUAUCUAUGCGUGGGUUGAAUAAGCAAAGUUUUCCUGUAGGUGAUGUGUGUGUACGCACCGGGCUUGGAGAAAACAUUUGUGAUCGCUUGCCACUGCUCUUUUUGACGUCUGGACUAUCCUAUCUGGUAAUAACAUGACAACAUGAACUAAUCCCACAUUAGUACAAUGUUUAAUAAACUGUCAGGAAUGUAAAAUAUUGUUAUAAUCGCUCAAGAACUGUAAAGCAAGCCAGCACGAUCAAAGCCGAGUGCAGGAUUUUAUUAUCAUUGGCUUCAAGUAUGUGAUCAAAUUCCUGAAUAGAAAACCAAGCUGGGCAUUUGUUCUCUACUUCAAAUAUUUUGGUUUCUAAGUGGCGCUUUCAGAAUCUCCAAUUCAUGGAAACAUCUCUCACUGUGCUUGCAACAAUCUUUAACACGCAAUUGAACAUGCAUGAUAUUUUAGUGCUGGAUGUGUCAUGUGCUCUAUAGGUCUUAGGUUCGGCUAUCUGAACAUCUCGGUUCAAAAGCAUGCAGACGUGUUGCUCUACAGCCUCAUUUUGAAUAAAAGAAUAUGAGUUCUUCUUUUCAUUUACUUUGUGUGCUAUUACUGUCUCUUUGAUAGAUUUCCCAUGAUGCCUAGGGAGUGACGUUUGGCUUCAAGCAUGCCUUUCUGCAUGUCCCUCUCAGCAUGCCGUAAUUCUGUCACUUCAGCUCUGUUUAAUAACCGAUUUGUGUUUCUAAUGCAUGCCUACUGCAAAAGCAAAAUCAAGGGUGAAGAAAUGUUGCGAAACACGCUUCAGUUGCACCGCAUGAGCCCAGAACCUAAUGGCCUUGAUGAUACGAAGCGCCAUUUUUGAAUCAUCGUCUUUCUUGAUGGCUUAUCCGCUUACCUGUUCUAUGCGUGGUGCUGUGAGACAUUAGGGAAAAGCUUUCCGGGAGUUUUGUAGCAUUGGCGCCUUUGUCAAGCUCUUAAAGUGACUGCCUUUUUAUCCAGGGUCUGAUAGAGAACGUGUAUUUGAAUAUGUGCCAACCGACAUAUCAAACCGUCUUCUUUUAUAGCACAACUUUGUGUGCACUUGGUUUUCUUUCGAGCUUUACUCUCAUAUGGACUGACCGAACCACAUUUGGCUCUCACAAAUGGGCUAUUUCUGAUUUCUAUUUUCACGUAAAACUGCAUAUUCAGGAACGCUUUGUUUCUAAAUAUAUUUAGCCGCAUUUAGAUUCAUUUCCCACAUGAACAAAAUGAUAAAGUUUUAGCGUAUUUAUGUAAAUUGCUCAUUGGACUUUCACAUCUGUAGAUUUUUUUAAUCAACCAAUAUGAAUGCCAAAUGCCAUCGUAUCACUGACUAUUUCAGAUUCUAUCCAACAAAUGUAGCCAAACAGCUAAAUGGUUUUAUUUAAUAUGGCUUAAUAUGAUCUAUUUUGACUACAGUGGCCUAACUUGCUGCUGUUAUGAACAUUCAUGAUGUAUUAAUAACUUUAAUAAUGCAUAAAGUGUGCACAGUAAAACCAUAGAAUAGAUUUUCAUGUUGAUUAGAUAUUUUCAUAUUUGAUACGGGUCAAAAUUAUUGUACGUAUUAAAUAUAUUGUAGAGUUAACGAAAAGAGUAUUUUAUUGACGAUUUGUAAUAUUUGUGCUAUUUUUGGGGUUGCAAUGUAUUUAUUGCGAUGGUUCUAUGUGAAUGUAAAUUUCAUAUCGAGAUCUUUUAUACUUGUGUUUGCACUGUUCGGGAAUAAAAUAACAAUGAGAGAUGAGGUCGGGGUUUCUGUGGUGUUUGUGUGCGUCUGUGUUGUUGUGACCGCAGACUCUUGACGUACGUGACCUUGUACAUCAAUCUAUGGACUGUUAUUGAGUGAACGACCUGUGAGUUAUGAGGUUGCGUAACUCGGGAAAAACAACUGAAGCAAACAAGGAAAGCUUUUGAUGUGAUCAAACGUUGCAAAUUAAAAGCCACUGUUUAUUUUUAUGGGUAAUGAACUGUUUUAAUGUUUAUAGCACCCCAACCGCACCGUCCACAAACGCAUGCACACCUAAGUGUGUUAAUGUCUUUGUAAUGGAAACGCUGAAUGUGUGAGACAGAGUCCCUCUGUUAAGUGGAAUCGGAUGAGACUGGAAAACCAGUUUCCUAAUCCUCAAGAGCAAGUGCCUUCCUGCAUGGGUAUUUGUCUGUGUGUAUAUAUUUGGGUCAAAUAAACAGCAGUUGUUUCCAAACACU